AAAACUAACAUCCAGUAAAUUAUGAAUGUUGAACAAGAUGACAUUUCAUCCACAGCAGAUGAUGAUAGGUCCAAGGCUUAACAGGUCCAUACUCGACCCCUUAUUUGUGCUGCUGUUGGCUCUGCAACUUCUCGUGGUGGCUGGUUUGGUCAGAGCCCAGACCUGCCCUUCUGUGUGCUCCUGUAGUAAUCAGUUCAGUAAAGUGAUCUGUACCCGGCGGAACCUGAGGGAAGUGCCGGAUAGCAUCUCCAUCAACACGCGCUACCUGAACCUUCAAGAAAACAAGAUCCAAGUGAUCAAAGCUGACAGCUUCAAACACUUACGGCACCUGGAGAUUCUACAGUUAAGUAAGAACCACAUACGGCAGAUUGAGGUUGGGGCCUUUAAUGGCCUGACGAAUCUCAACACCCUGGAGCUAUUUGACAACCGCCUCUCCACCAUUCCCAGUGGAGCUUUUGAGUACCUAUCCAAACUGAAGGAGCUGUGGCUGAGGAAUAAUCCAAUUGAAAGCAUACCAUCGUACGCUUUCAAUCGAAUUCCAUCUCUAAGGAGAUUAGACUUAGGCGAGCUUAAAAGACUUGAAUAUAUCUCGGACAGAGCCUUUGAAGGUCUGUCAAAUUUAAGAUAUCUGAACCUUGGUAUGUGUAAUCUUCGGGAAAUCCCAAACCUCAUGCCUCUGAUAAAACUGGAGGAACUGGAACUAUCAGGGAAUCGGCUUUCAUUAAUGCGACCGGGCUCCUUUCAGGGUUUAACUAACCUGCAAAAACUGUGGAUGAUGCAUGCUCAGAUCCAAGUGAUUGAGAGGAACGCCUUUGACGACCUUCAGUCACUCAUAGAGCUUAACUUGGCACAUAAUAACCUGACUCUGCUGCCGCAUGACCUGUUCACACCCCUUCACCAUCUCGAGCGGGUCCACCUGCAUCACAACCCCUGGAACUGCAAUUGCGAUAUCUUGUGGCUGAGCUGGUGGCUGAAGGAGAUUGUACCCUCCAACACGACGUGUUGCGCACGUUGUCACACACCCCCAAGUUUAAAAGGGAAUUACAUCGGAGAACUUGACCAGAACAAAUUCAACUGCUACGCCCCGGUAAUUGUCGAGGCUCCCACCGAUCUCAAUCUGACCGAGGGAAUGGCAGCGGAGUUGAAAUGUCGGGCGUCGACCUCCAUGACCUCGGUGAGUUGGAUUACUCCCAACGGCACAAUUAUGACUCAUGGAGCAUACAAGGUUCGUAUUUCCGUGCUGAACGAUGGCACAUUAAAUUUCACAAAUGUGACCGCCGAGGACACGGGAUUGUAUACUUGUUUGGUGAGCAAUUCUGCAGGGAACACAACGGCUUCAGCCACGCUGAACGUGACUGCCACGGAGAACAGCACUUUCACUUAUUUUACAACCGUUACAGUGGAGACGAUGGAGCCAUCUGUGCAGGUACACACAACGGAUGAUAAAUUUAGGCCUACGCCUUUCAGCGAGUGGGAUACAACAUUUGUAACGACCUCCUUGACUCCUCGGAGCACAAAAUCGACAGAAAAGACAAUUACAGUCGCCAUUACGGAGGCAGGAGAAAAUGUCAUGCCUGGCCUGGAUGAGGUGAUGAAAACCACAAAGAUUAUUAUUGGUUGCUUUGUGGCCAUCACACUUAUGGCAGCGGUGAUGUUAAUCAUUUUUUACAAAAUGCGCAAACAGCAUCAGCACCAGAACCACCAUGCUCCCACCAGGAGCAUCGAAAUCAUCAACGCAGAAGAUGACAUCGCAGGCAGUACUGCUGUGGAGAGUCACCUAACCAUGCCCACUAUAGAGCAUGAGUAUAUGAACCAUUUUAACUCUUAUAAAGCUCCAUUCACUCACACCACCACGGUAAACGCGAUUAACUCACUACACAGCUCCGUGCAUGAACCAUUAUUGAUGCCAAUGAACUCUAAGGACAAUGUGCAAGAGACACAAAUAUGAGUGGGGGGGAUAAAAUACACAAAAUUUACAAAAUGACAAACAGGACAAGGCUGAUUCUACUGUUUAAAAGAAGUGUCUUUAAAGAGGUUUAUUUAUUAAAAAUAAUUCUAUUGUGAUCUAAAAACAGAGACAAUUAUGUGUAUUCUAAACACUGAUUUGACAUGAUGCUGCGCCCAAUAAUUUAGUCAUCACCAUGUUUUUCAUAGGAGAUUUUGAUUCUCCAAGGGACUAUUCAGAUAUUUUGUAAGGAUUAUGUUUCACAUGGGGUUUUUAUGGUGAAUUCUAGUGGUGAGAUUCAGUCUGUUUUGUCUCUUUCUGUUAUUUCAUGACUCUUACAACCGGUAAUGACAGAGAAUGCAGUAUUAGAGGUAGAUUUAUAUUAAAUCUUUUAUUUUCCAUGUAUCAUCUUGUUCUAUAUUUACAAACAGAAUCAUUCUGUGAAGAUUGCUUGUAAAAAAAAAACAAAAAAAAACACAUACCCAUGAUCUUUUAAACAAUUCUAGAUCCAGAAUUUGUAGUUAAGUACUAAAUAAGAUUAUAAAUAAACUAUUGUUGGUUUUCAGUA